GCUGAUGGAUUGUGUCGGCCAAUUUUGGAUUUAUCUUAAAGGAAGAUCAACGUGGCGGCCGUACCCAGAAGACAGACUAGCAGCCAAGUAGGAAACUAAUUUGCCCCGCCCCCCUCUAUAUAUAUUUUCCCUCUACAUGUUGCACAACAUUGUUUCUGGCAUCGGAGGCCUAGUGUACUUUCUGAAACUGAUCGAAAGCAGAAUCUUCCUGGCCGGGUUUUUUGUUUUCCUUUUUUCCUUUUGGGUAAUAUUCAUAUGUUGUAGAAAAUAGCAUAGCCUAAUUAGAGCCAUGGAUGGAGACUGUUAUUCAUCGUCGAGAAGCACUGAAAAGCGCAAGCAGAGGCAACAGCAAGACAAGCCGUAUAGGGGUAUAAGGAUGAGGAAGUGGGGGAAGUGGGUCGCUGAGAUUAGAGAACCCAACAAGCGGUCUAGGAUUUGGCUUGGUUCCUACACCAGCCCCGUCGCCGCCGCACGUGCCUAUGACACCGCCGUCUUCUAUCUCCGAGGCCCUUCCGCUCGCCUUAACUUUCCCGAUUUACUUUUCGAGGAAGACGAUGAUGAACUCCGCGACGUCUCCGCCGCUUCUAUACGCAAGAAAGCCACCGAAGUCGGAGCCAGAGUCGACGCGCUCCAAACCGCCGACCAUGCGUCGCAGUCGAAGUCUAGUCGGGUCUCAGAGACGCCCGAUUUAAACGAGUACCCGGGCCCGGAAAACUCCGACGAAGAUUGAAUAUAUAUAUAUAUAUAUAUAGAUGCUUAUCGCCAGCUGGUUAUGGUUUCUUUAUUCCAUCUUCUACAACGUCGCUCUGGCGUGCCAGAAAAUAUAUAUAUAUAUAUAUAUAUCUGAGACGCCAAGAAGAGAUCGAAAGAAGGAAGAAGUUGAUGUUGGGUUUGUGAAAAUAGAAUCAAAAGCUUCUGUUUGAUAGGUUUAGAUGAUCUCUCAGUUCAGUUGUAACAAGACCUAAGCAGCAAUAGUUUUGUUAGUCAUAAACCUAGUUUUUAUUUUUCUUUAAUUUGAUUAACUUCUUUCAUAGUUUGAUUUUAAUGUUUAUGGAUAAAUCUUCUUUUA